AAGGCCCAUAUAUAAGUAUCCUCCAGUACAAGACAAUUUGGAUAAACAGCAAUGGCCUUUUGGGGCAUCAUGCCACAGUUUCUUGUUUUGCUUCUUUGUCUCGUCACCUUGUUUGGCAGCCUACCAGAGGCCACCUGCGAUGAAAGAGAAAAUGACCAGCAAGCACUCAUCUGCUUCAAGUCCCAGCUAUCUGGUCCAGCUGAUGUUUUUGCCUCAUGGAGCAAUGCAUCCUUGGAGUUCUGCAGCUGGCAUGGGGUCACUUGCAGCAAACAGCCACCUCGCCGUGUUAUUGCACUGGAUCUCGCAUCAGAAGGAAUCACAGGUACCAUAUCACCUUGCAUUGCCAAUCUCACCUCUCUUACAAGGCUGCAACUGUCAAACAAUAGCUUGCAUGGGAGCAUACCAUCAGAGCUUGGACUACUCAGCCAACUCAGCAGUCUGAACUUAAGCAUGAACUCUCUAGACGGUAACAUCCCUUCUGAACUUUCUUCAUGUUCCCAACUUCAAAUCCUUGGAUUGUGGAACAAUUCCCUUCAUGGGGAAAUACCAUCUGUCCUUAGUCAAUGCAUCCACCUUCAGGAGAUUAAUCUUAGCAACAACAAUCUAGAAGGAAGCAUACCCUCUCCUUUUGGGACUCUUCCAGAGCUGCAAAUACUAAUUCUCGCUAACAACAAGCUUAGUGGUGCCAUACCGCCCUCUUUGGGUAGCAGUGUUUCUCUCAAACACGUUGAUCUUGGGAGAAAUGCUAUCACAGGAGGGAUUCCAGAGUCCUUGGCUAGCAGUUCAUCUCUCCGAGUACUUAGGCUCAUGAGAAACAGUCUUAGUGGAGAACUCCCAGAGGCUCUCUUCAACUCCUCAUCACUUAUUGCCAUUUGCCUCCAAGAAAACAAAUUUUUUGGUUCUAUACCACCUGUUACUGCAACCUCUCCCCCAGUAAAACAUCUUCAUUUGGGAGGGAACUCUCUCUCAGGAAUAAUACCAGCCUCAUUAGGGAAUCUUUCUUCCCUACUUGACCUUCGCCUUACACGGAACAAGUUAGCUGGGAGCAUUCCAGAGAGCAUAGGCUAUUUGCCAACAUUAAGUUUACUGAACUUGAAUUUAAACAACUUGUCUGGGCCAGUACCACCGUCUCUCUUCAACAUGUCCUCCCUAACAGCUCUUGCUAUGGGAAACAAUUCACUCAGCGGAAGAUUGCCCUCCCACAUCGGCUAUACGCUACCAAAAAUUCAAAUACUAAUCCUCACAUCAAACAAGUUUGAUGGUCCAGUUCCAGCUUCCCUUGUCAAUGCCUUCAACAUGAAGUGGCUUUCCCUAGGAGAAAACAGGCUAACUGGGCCUGUGCCAUUCUUUGGAUCAUUGCCAAAUUUGGAAGAACUUGAUGUGUCAUAUAACAUGCUAGAUGCAGGAGACUGGGGUUUUCUCUCCUCACUAUCAAAUUGCUCCAGAUUGACUAAACUGUAUCUGGCUGGGAACAAUUUCCAAGGGGAAUUGCCAAGUUCUAUCGGCAAUCUUUCUGGUAGUCUCGAAGUACUGUGGCUAAGAGACAACAAAAUUUCUGGGCCCAUACCACCAGAGAUGGGAAAUCUGAAAAACCUCAAUACAUUGUACAUGGAUUACAAUCGCUUCACUGGUAGUAUACCACCAACAAUUGGGAGUAUGAAAAAUUUGGUAGUUCUAGCUGUUGCACAAAAUAGACUCUCAGGCACAAUUCCUGAUGCUAUUGGCAACCUAGUUCAGCUGACGGAUCUGAAAUUGGAUGCCAACAACUUAAGUGGCAGGAUACCUGAAAGUAUAGGACGUUGUACUCAACUCCAAAUACUCAAUCUUGCUCACAAUGCACUAAAUGGGAGUAUACCAAGAUCAAUCCUCAAAAUUUCGUCUCUUUCUCAAGAAUUUGACUUGUCAUACAACUACUUGGCCGGAGAAAUACCUGAGGAAAUUGGCAAUCUCAUCAAUUUGAAUAAACUUAGCAUCUCAAACAACAUGUUGUCCGGCCGCAUCCCACCCAGUCUUGGCCAGUGUGUGCUUCUGGAAUGUCUUAAGAUGCAAAACAACUUCUUUGCAGGAAGCAUUCCACAAUCAUUUGCAGAACUGGUAGGAAUCAAAGAGUUGGAUAUUUCUCGGAACAAUUUGUCUGGAAAAAUCCCAGAGUUUUUCACGUCCUUGAGCUAUCUCCAUUACCUCAAUUUAUCCUUCAACAAUUUUGAUGGAGAGGUUCCAAGAGGUGGUAUUUUUGGCAAUGCUAGUGCAGUGUCAAUAGAAGGAAAUGAUCAGUUGUGCACUAGUGUUCUAACAGCAGGUAUCCCUCUUUGUUCAGCAAGGAGUGAUGACAGUAAAAGCAAGCACAAGGAUUUGGUUCUAGUUGCAAAGAUAGUUAUACCAAUUGUUAUAAUCACUCUGCUUUGUAUUGCCACAUUUUUCUGGAGGAAGAGAAUGCAGGCUCAAGCACAUUUUCAACAAUUCAAUAAGCACAUGAAGAACAUUACAUAUGAUGACAUCGUUAAGGCAACAGAUAUGUUCUCUUCUACCAACUUAAUUGGCUCAGGUUCAUUUGGAAGGGUUUAUAAGGGUAGCAUGAAGCUUCACAAAGAUCAAGUGGCCAUCAAGAUUUUUAACCUCAGCAUAAAUGGAGCACAUAGGAGCUUCCUUGCAGAAUGUGAAGCCCUCAGAAAUGCCCGACAUCGAAAUAUUGUAAAAAUCAUUACUUUAUGCUCUUCAGUGGAUCCUACUGGGGCUGACUUCAAGGCCAUAGUAUUCCCAAAUAUGCUGAAUGGGAACCUAGAUAUGUGGCUAAAUCAGAAGGCCCAUAGUCCACGAAAGAUUCUGACUUUAAGUCAAAGAAUCAAUAUAGCAUUGGAUUUAGCAUAUGCUAUGGAUUAUCUUCAUAACCAAUGUGCGUCUCCAUUAAUACACUGCGACCUGAAGCCAAGCAAUAUUCUUUUGGACCAUGACAUGGUGGCAUAUGUCAGUGACUUUGGCCUAGCAAGGUUCCAAUGUACUAAAUCAAGUGCACAUCAAGAUAGUUCAGCAAGUUUGGCUGGCCUAAAAGGGUCCAUCGGAUAUAUCCCACCAGAGUAUGGCAUGAGCCAAAACAUAUCAACCACGGGUGAUGUUUAUAGUUUCGGGGUGCUCCUGCUGGAAAUGAUGACAGGUUGUCGUCCCACUGAUGAAAAAUUCAGUAAUGGUACAAGCCUGCAUGAGUUUGUAGACAGAGCAUUUCCAAAGAACGUCGAGGAGGUUGUUGAUCCUACCAUGCUACAAGAUGACAUCAGCGCAACAGAAGUGCUGCAGAAUUGCAUAAUUCCCUUGGUCAAAAUAGGACUUUCCUGUUCCAAGACAUCCCCCAAAGAGCGGCCAGGAAUGGACAAAGUUUCUACUGAGAUCCUUACAAUCAAGAAUAUGUUCUCCAGCAUACAUGAACAUGAUCAAUCGAAAUAGGACAGAUAGUACCUAGGUCUAGUGAUUUAACUGUGCAUUACUAAUAUAGUGAUGAGUGCUUUGUUAUCCCUUUUUCGCUUUCUGUAUAGUUAAUUAAAUUUGCAUUCAUCUACAGAAGUUUACCCGUUGUUUCAAAGUAACCGUUCAUGUCUCUUUUUUUCUUUUGAUUUAAUGUUUGUGAGUUCAUAGACUCUCAUCUGAAUCAGACACUGUAUGCAACCUAGAACUCUGGGGAGCAACUCCAACACUUCAACUGCAGUUAGACCGCCCGGAGCUGCGUGCUGUUUGAGCACACCAAAACUCUCUGCCGCGCACCGCCGACCGUGACAACCACCGCCGUUGCAGCUAUCUUAGGCCACCAAGGCUGCCCCCGUGUAGCGUCGACUCGUGCAAGCGGCCGCGGUGCGACGCCGGGUAUUUGGAAGCAGCGAAAUAAGGGGAUCGUAACCUUUUACAUGAACCGGCGGAGUUACAGAGUCAUGAUGAUGAUUGAUGAGUUAACAACUUAUAAUCUGCUGAACAUGGAACAAAAACAAACGGACGUUGUGCAGAAGAAGCAUAGCUAGCAUUGGUGUAAUUCAAUUUGAAGGGUUGCUCACAACGCUUGAGCCUAGCGAUGAAACUUAAGAGCACUGAUAUUUUGUCAUUUUUUUAUAAAUCAAAUUUGGAAUCUGUAAAGAUUCCCAUUUAUUUACUAACUAAACAAAUAAACUCUAAGGUUCAUGUUAAUAUUAGGAGUUAUAUGUGUAUUGUCAUUAAUACCACAUGAGAAGUUGGGAGGAAUCGUAACAAAAAACUGUUAUUGUUGAUGCUCGUAGGAAGUAACACUCGCAAACUCUAGCCUUCCACCUACGAAGGCAUAAUGGGUGGGUAUGCUGGAGGAUAGGAAAAGCCAGAGAAGUUGCAAGAACAUUGUCCAGAGCUGAGGGAGGCUCAAUGGACAUUGGACAAUAUAGAAGGGUAAUUACCAGCCAUAACGUCAGCGGAACAUGGGGCAUUUCGAAUAUUUUCUCAAUUACAAUUUAUAUUUAUUAUUUUCAAUCCAUUUAUUUGUGGUGUGAAUAUUAGCGAUUGCAAUCUCUUGUAUGUGAUUAUUGUAAAAUGCUUAGAACGGUACAUGGAGGCGGGUACUCUGAAUUGCCUUUGGCUUUUCUUUUUAGGCGCUCCAAAUAAUGCCGGCACAAAGCACAUUGAAAAGUGUUUUCGAGGCCGUCGCCGACGACCGACUUGCCUGCCGCUGAGCAAUUUUGAUUCGAGCGCACGUACGAGCAAUCGCUGCAUGCAUUUGUUAUUGGCAUGGCCCGCCGUGCGGUCCAAGCUCACACCGAGUUCCUCGGCACUAAUGAUGGCGGCAUGGGUGUAGUUAGGGAUCGAAUACCCAUGAAAUCGAAUUCAGAUGUCAAGUCACUAUUUACCAUAUUUUUAUUUGAAUUCGAUACAAAUACGAAUAUUAUAUUAAAAAAACAAAUAGUUCGAAUUCGGAUUCGCAUUCGGAUACUUACUUGACUUGGAGCAUAGCGUCAUAAUGAGCAAAUUGAUGGUUUUAUAGUUGAUAAAAAAUCAUGUUAGUAGGAAGUAAAUUAUGAGUAUAGUAAAUACUAUAUCACUAGUAAUAUUAGAUUAACAUAAUUAUUUACCUAUCAUAUAGAUAUUUUUUAAUAGUUUAAAUGGUGUACAAUAUUAAA